AUGUGUGUGGCACUGCUGGCCCUGUGGUGUUGUCUCUGUGUAUCAGCAGCCAACGUUUCUUUUCCAAAAACUCUGCCAUGUGAUGUCAGCGAGGCCAUCAACGGGAUUGAGGUCAAAGUGGACUGUACUGAGAGGGGCCUCAAAGAAAUCCCAAGCGGCAUCCCCAGAGACACCACCAAUCUGACACUCACCAUCAACCAUAUUCCGAAAUUAAACUCCUCCUCCUUCCACGGUCUACAUAACCUAACUGAGAUAGACAUGAGGUGCAACUGUGUGCCUAUCAAAAUUGGUCCCAAAGACCGCAUGUGUACAAAGAGUGUGACAAUAGAGGAAAACACCUUCACCAGCAUGAGGAGUCUGCGUGCUUUGUAUCUGGAUGGCAAUCAGCUCUCCAGUAUACCGAAAGGCCUGCCUUCAAAUGUGAUCCUGCUGAGUUUGGAAGUGAAUCACAUUUAUUACAUUUCUAAAGCAAACCUCUCCGGGCUCAGGAAUGUUGAGAUGCUUUAUCUUGGUCAAAACUGCUAUUAUCGUAAUCCUUGUAAUGUGUCCUAUGAUAUAGAGCACGGUGCAUUUUCUCAGCUGAGCAAUUUGACAGUGUUAUCCCUUAAAUCAAACAACUUAUCUUUUAUUCCACACCAUCUACCCACAAGCCUGAAGGAGUUGUAUCUCUAUAACAAUAACAUUCAGGAAGUCACUGCUGAGGAUUUCAAAAACUUAACCAACCUUGAGAUUCUAGAUAUAAGUGGAAAUUGUCCUCGAUGUUAUAAUAAUCCUUUCCCUUGCAACCCAUGUCCAAAUAACUCACCACUAAAAAUCAACAACAUGGCAUUCAAAAUGUUAACAAAACUGAAGAUGCUCCGCCUGCACAGCAACUCUCUGACAUGCGUGCCAUCUGCAUGGUUUGCCAACACAAAAGAACUUAAAGUACUCGAUCUCUCAUCAAACUUUUUAGCAAUAGAGAUAGGAGUCACCAAAUUCCCACACUGCUUGCACAAACUCGAAGAACUGGACCUUUCAUUUAACUAUGAGCUUAGGCGGUAUCCUCAAACGCUGAGACUAAGUGGCGCUUUCUCUUCGCUCAAGUCCCUCAAAAUUUUCAGACUAAGGGGUUUUGUGUUUCAGCAGCUAAAAGCCGAGAGUAUUGAACCUUUGAAACUCCUCCCAAACCUGGAGGUUGUAGAUCUUGGUACAAACUUCAUUAAAAUGGCAAACCUUAGUAUUCUGAUGGAAUUUAAAAGCUUUAAAAUAAUCAGCCUGUCUGACAACAAAAUAUCUUCCCCCUCUGACAGCCAAGAUGCUGUUGGUUUUACUGGAGGAGAGCCCUUAGACUGGUCUCCAAUGUCAGCUGUGGCUCAGUACCAAAGUCAGGAAGUAAGAGAAAUACAUUACUUCAGAUAUGAUGAAUAUGCCCGCAGCUGCAAAAACAAAGACAGAGAACUUGGGGUUGUUAAGUCCUUUGUCAAAAGUGAGUGCAGUCAGUUUGGCAAAACCCUAGAUGUAAGCAGAAACAACAUCUUCUUCUUGCAGGCAAAGUUUUUAAAUCUUGGAGAUCUGAGAUGCCUCAAUCUGUCUGGAAAUGCAAUGAGCCAGAGUCUGAACGGCUCUGAGUUUUCUUACCUGACCAAUUUACAGUAUCUGGACUUUUCAUUGAAUCGUCUGGACCUGCUCUACUCCACUGCAUUUGAAGAGCUAACAAGUCUGGUCAUCCUGGAUAUAAGUAACAACAACUAUUAUUUUGAAUCUGAGGGCUUGACCCACAUGCUUAAUUUCACUAGAAAUUUGAAGAAUCUCAAAGUAUUACUGAUGAACCACAAUAAGAUCUCUACAUCUACAAACACAGAGCUGGAGAGUCAAUCUCUUGAGAGGUUAGAGUUCAGAGAUAACCGGUUAGAUAUGUUGUGGAGAGACGGGGACACCAGAUAUUUUAAGUAUUUCAAGAAAUUAGUCAACCUGACAGUCCUCGACAUCUCUCAUAACAACCUCAAUUUUAUUCCAGAACAAGUGUUCAGCAGUCUACCAGACAAGCUGUCUGAACUCUACAUCAAAUUUAACAAAUUAAAAUCCUUUGCUUGGGAGAAACUACAGUUUCUACAUUCUUUGCAAGUCUUAGAUCUCAGUGGAAAUAGUUUAGAGACCGUUCCAGUGCUAUCGGACUGUACCAAAUCUCUCAAGAAACUAAUUUUACAUAAAAACAAAAUACAAAAACUUGGGCAAGAUUUCCUCAAAGGUGCUUACAACUUAAAAUAUCUGGAUCUUAGUUUUAAUAGCAUACAGCACAUUGAAAGCUUUCCAGAUUCUGUUAAAGAGAUGGACAUGCUCCUUCUGCAUAACAACAAAUUUCUGUGUAAUUGCAAUGUCACAUGGUUUGUAAAAUGGCUCAAUAGCACCACAGUAACCAUCCCCAGACUGGCCACAGAUGUGACCUGUGCAGCACCUGGUGCACAAAGAGGUCAUCCUCUAAUCUCUGUUGACCUGCUGGCCUGCCAACACAACUAUUUGUCAAUCAUUCUCUACACUAUCAUGACUUCCCUUGUCCUCAGCUUCCUCACCCUGUCCAUCUCUAGUCAUCUCUUCCUGUGGGACGUCUGGUAUAUAUACCAUUUCUGUAGGGCCAAGAUUAAAGGCUAUGCCCGCCUGUACUCCCAGAGGUCUGUCUAUGAUGCCUUUGUCAUAUAUGAUAAGGAGGAUCUUGCUGUGUCAGAAUGGGUGAUGAAGGAAAUGUGCGUUCAGCUGGAGAGCUGUGGAGACCACAGUGUCACACUGUGCUUAGAGGAACGGGAUUGGAUCCCUGGAACUCCUCUAAUUGACAACCUGUCCCAGAGCAUUCACAGGAGCAAGAGAACUGUGUUCAUUCUCACCAACAAAUACAUCAAAAGUGGCAAAUUCAAGACAGCUUUCUACUUGGCCCAUCAAAGGCUAAUGGAUGAAAAAAACGACGUCAUAGUACUGAUCCUUUUAGAGAAAGUACCGUGCAAUUCAAAGUACCUAAGCCUGCGGAAGAAACUGUACAAGCGAUCUGUGCUGGAAUGGCCAACAAAUCCUCAAGCUCAGCCAUACUUCUGGUUCAGCCUGAGAAAUGUAUUAGCAACGGAAAGCCACAAACAAUACAACAACCUCUUCAAAGAGACAUUGUAA